AUGUUCAUCGCAUUAUACCCCCAUCCGCACCAUGACUUACCAUAUUCUCGAACCCGACAGGGCAAAGUCGCCGAGUUGCGACAAGAGCUCAACAGCGGCGGCAAGAAGGACAAAAACUACUCGGCAAAGAAAAUCGCAUUGAAGAAAAUCGUCGCGAAUAUGACCAUGAGCAACAACGAUAUGGUUGCUCUAUUUCCGGACGUCAUCGGCUGUAUGAAUCUACCCAGCUUGGAGAUCAAGAAAAUGUGUUUCCUUUUCCUUGUCAACUAUUCACGCAUGAAGCCCGAAAUCGCACUCAAAGCUUUGCCGAUACUUGUCGAUGACAUGGACGACUCCAAUCCUCUAGUCCGUGCUCUAGCGCUACGAACUAUCUCAUACAUUCAUGUCCGCGAAUUCGUUGAAGCGACCUUUCAACCCGUCAAGCGACUAAUGAGCGAUAUGGACCCCUACGUUCGCAAAACUGCCGCCUUCUGUGUCGCCAAGCUCUACGACCACGACAAGAAGCUAGUUGAGAGCUCUGACCUGAUCGAUCGCCUAAACAGCAUGUUAAAAGACGAGAACCCGACGGUUGUAUCGAGCGUUCUUGCGUCAUUGAUAGACAUCUGGGGCCGGAGCGAGACCAUAUCGUUGACCAUCGACUAUACGAGUGCCUCGAAACUGGUAUCGAUUCUGCCAGAUUGUUCUGAGUGGGGCCAGACGUAUAUCCUAGAGGCUCUCAUGUCAUACGUUCCUCAGGAUACAGCAGAAGCCCUUUUGCUGGCAGAAAGAAUUGCUCCGCGUCUGUCACAUUCCAAUUCGGCGGUUGUGCUCACUUCAAUCCGUGUCAUCCUCUAUCUCAUGAACUAUAUCGCAGAGGAAAGACAUAUCUCUUCCCUGUGCAAGAAGUUGUCGCCUCCGCUCGUUACUCUCCUCUCCAAACCACCGGAAGUGCAGUAUCUCGCUCUUCGAAAUGCCAUCCUCAUCCUCCAGAAGAGACCCGAAGUCUUACGCAAUGAUAUUCGGGUAUUCUUCUGCAACUACAAUGACCCGAUUUAUGUCAAGGUGACCAAACUCGAAUUAAUAUUUAUGCUGACCACCAAGGAGAACAUCUCCAUUGUCCUCGCAGAACUCAGAGAGUAUGCGACGGAAAUCGAUGUUCACUUCGUGCGUAAAGCUGUGCGCGCUAUCGGUAAAUUGGCUAUCAAGAUCGAGUCUGCCGCACGGCAAUGCAUUGAUACACUCCUCGACCUGGUCAAUGCGAAGAUCCCCUACAUCGUCCAGGAGGCUACUGUUGUCAUCCGCAAUAUCUUCCGCAAGUACCCGAACCAAUAUGAAAAUAUCAUCGGACAAGUUAUCCAGAACAUCGAUGAACUGGACGAGCCUGAGGCCAAGGCCGCCAUCAUCUGGAUCAUUGGACAGUAUGCAGACCGCAUAGAAAAUUCCGACGGUCUUCUGCAGGAUUACUUGGCCACCUUCCACGACGAAACGGUUGAGGUCCAACUUGCGCUCUUGACAGCUACCGUCAAGUUCUUCAUUCAACGUCCGACGAAGGGACAACAGCUGGUGCCCCAGGUGCUGAAAUGGUGUACUGAGGAAACGGAUGACCCUGACCUGCGCGACAGAGGCUACAUGUACUGGCGUCUACUAUCAACCGAUCCGACAGCCGCACGGCAGAUUAUCAUGGGCCAAAAGCCGCCCAUCAGCGCCGAAAGCGAGAAGCUCGAUUCUCGUACGUUAGAGGAGCUCUGCCUUAGUGUCGGCACCCUCGCAACCGUGUACCUCAAACCCGUCCAACAGGUCUUCCGCUCCGCGCGUACACGACGUUUGCAAUAUAGCCCGGCCCUUCAGAAACGACCCGAUGAAGGCAACAGCAAUGUCUGGCAGUUACCGGUCGUGUCUAACAACACUGCUGCCUCUCCUUCAGACGCACCUAUAUCGCCGACCAAUGGCUCCACGCCGGCGUCGAACAACAUGAAUGCCGCCGUGAACGCGGCCGAUGCGUACUUCAACAAUGUCGGCUCCCAGCAAAUGGCAGCUCUUGACCUUGGUGGACGGGGCGAUGGCGGUGCUGGUGGCGGCGGAGCUCCGCAGACGCAGUAUGUUGUGAAUCAGAACCAACAACAGGUAUACCAGCCUCAGUUGGCGGGCGGAGCUGCCACGGGAGAGCUGUUAUUGCUGUAG